AUGCAAAGUUAUAAUGGUAUGGAAUACCCAUUUCUUGGUACAAGUCAUUUUUAUCCACCUUUUUCAAUGCAAGGAUUUGCUCAAUUAAGUCAAGGACAAUUUUCUUCAUAUGUUUUUCAAGAUGUUAGUUUCCCAAACAGUUAUUUCAUUGAUGUUUAUCAAAAUAAUUUACAAGAAGAAAUGAUGAAUAUUAGUCGUUUAAUUGAUGAUUUCCCAUAUGUAUCUAUGGACACAGAAUUUCCAGGAUUUUCAAGUAGAACAUCUUGUAAUAUGCAAGACUCAACUGAACCUGAAGAACAUUAUUCAUUUUUAAAAGGAAAUGUAGAUGAAUUAAAAAUAAUUCAAGUUGGUAUUACUUUACAAAAUAAACAUGGGGAAUAUCCAGAAAGUGUUAGAACAUGGCAAUUUAAUUUUAAAUUUGAUCCUGAUAAAGAUGAAUGUUCUGCUGAUUCAAUUCAAUUAUUACAAAAAGCAGGUAUUAAUUUUUCAUAUUUUAAAAAUGCAGGAAUUACUGAAGAAGAUUUUGGAGAAACAAUUAUGACUUCAGGAUUAGUUUUAAAUGAAAACACCCAUUGGUUAACAUUUCAUAGUGGAUAUGAUUUUGGUUAUUUAUUGAGAUUAUUAACAUGUGAAAAAUUACCUUCUUCUGUUGACGAUUUCUUUACAAAAUUACGUAUUUUCUUUCCUAAUAUUAUUGACCUUAAACAUGUUACCAAUCAAAUUAGUCAAACUUAUCAUGGUAGUUUACAAGCAAUUGCUUCUAGUUUAGGAGUUCAAAGAAUUGGUACAAUGCAUCAAGCUGGAUCAGAUAGUUUAAUUACUGGUGGUCUUUAUUUUAAAUUAAAAGAAAAACAUCUUGAUUUUGAUGAUGAAAGAUUUAAUGGAAUUUUAUUUGGAUUAAAUGAUGAAUGA